CGAACGCUCGUGAUGUAAACACGCCCAUCAUAACAAUAAUAUAUGUUCCUGCGGGCAAGCAAUCUGGGCCUAGUCAUCAAUUCCCAAAUUGUCUGCAAAUGUCUAUUUUUAGCCGCCGUGAAGUACAGUAGAAGUUUAUACGAGAUUUUAAGGCGUCGAAUUAACCAUUGAAGUAGGGAGUUCAAUUAUCAGACUGAGUAAUGACGACACAAGGAAGCAGUCUCUUUGCACCUAAUUAUGGACAAGAACCAGAAUGGGGACAAGAGAGGCCCAUUACUUUCGAAGAUCUUGGGAUACCACGGUCCCAAGCCAUGCGGGCUACAGUAUUUGGAAAUAUAAGAACGUGUCAAAGCCUGAGACCUUUGGAAUGGAUUCUCCUUGUGGGUGGCCUCCUGUCAACGUUAGGAACAAUCGGGUUAGCGAUAUACAGAUUGUUUUAUCUGCCUCCAGGAUGUCAGGAUUAUGUGUUUGCCAUGCUAAUAAUUUUCCAUUCAGCCUUCUGUAUUAUAUACAUCGUAGAUGGGGUAUUUCGGGAGCAAGCUUUUGAAGUCCUUGCUUUUGUAGCAUCAUGCAUAAUAUUGAUAGUCUACGUUGUGAUUAACUAUGCCAAGGAAUCUUCCACUUCUGAUACUUUCAAACUGGUACGGCUUAUCUUGACUCUGGUAUUUGGCACCAGUUUGGGCACCAUUGGGACUUUUCUCGGCUACAAUUAUUGGCAGUCAGGAAACCUCAUUUUUAGAACCAUUGGGGCAGAUAGCUCCAUCCAGGAUAUGUGUAGAGUACUUUUUACAACAGUGACCUUAAUCCUGUUUGACAUUCAGAUUGUGGGAAGUGUGGUAAUCAUGGCUAUGCAUCACAGGCUGUCAGAGCUUGACCUUGAGGAAAUUCUGACUGUAACUGUAGGGGCUCCAAUGUUGCUUGCAUGGGCGACCAUUGCAUACUUAGCACUACGCCUCGAGAGCAGAUAUUUCUUCAGUGUUGCUAUGGUUCUCAGUCCAGGUCAUGUAGCCUACCUCAUCUUAUCCAUCACACAAACUGCAGUCAAGCAUGAGUCAACUCUCAUUGCUCAGUGCCGUUAUGCAGCCAGUGCAGGAAGUUUAAUAGUACAUUUGAUCUUAAUUAUUCUUAUGGUCAAGUGUUACAGGAACUUUGGCUUAGGACUCAAAGAAAAGGUGUACCCUCCAAGGACGAAUGAAGUCAGGAUUCAAGAGGACCUGGUUCAGUAGUGUUUGAUGGCUUGCCCUUAAUGAUAUUAUAUUUAUGUUGUAAGGGGUUGUAGAUUCCAAUGAGGGAAAUGCAAAAAUGAAUUGGAGAUUGCUGUAAUUGAAUGUCCUUGUUCAUACUGAUAAUGGAUCAAGGGAAGUUUGGUGUAUGAAGAAUCUAUGAUAGUUAUUUUGAAUACUGUGUAAAGGAUAUGUUGAAAUAUAGACUAUUUCUAAAACUGACUUAGAUUUUAUCGUAGAUUUUAUAUAUCAUAGAGUGAGAUAAGUAAUGAAUUAGGAAGAAGUAAAAAUUAUGUAUUUUGAACUAUUUUAAGUGAGUUAUGUUUUAUGCAGGCAUUAGUAGUACACUUUGUAAAUUAUUAAUUUAAAUUAAGAUUUUUUAGAGAUUGAGUAGAAUUAUACUGCAAAUGGAAUAUUGAUCUAGUCUGAUUUCAGUUUGAUAGAUGUACUCUAAGGUCUGUAGAACUGGGUAUACAGUUCACAUAUUGCUUUAUGAUAUUUAUGAGCUGUGAAUAGAGAUAUAAAGUUGUGUAGCUUGGUGCUAUAGGUAGAUAGAUGUAUGUAUCUAUUGAAAUAGAUGGUAAAUGAAAAACAUUACAAGUUAAAGGAGUUAGUUGUCUUUGUAUUCACUAAAAUACCAGGGACAAGUAUGCUCACUACCAAUUCACUCACCUCAUAAUACUCACAGUCAGUUUCUGUUAGAUUGUCUUGAUUUUGCUGAUGAUUGUUCAUCCACACACUAAUUUGUCCAAUGUAUGUUAAAACCCACAUUUUCAUUCAGGUUUUAUAUAAAAGUAUAUUUUGGUAUUGCACUUCUGUUUUGUAUUUGCUUGGAUUAUCUCUUAUUGUUGGGCAGUGCCAUAUUCAGUGACUGGCACUUAUUAGUUAUUUAAUCAUUAAUCCAUUUACCUGUGUUUUUCAUUUUUACUCACUUCAUUAACAGUCUAAGUUACUUAUUCAUCAUUAUUAUUUUUUUUAUUUUUUUUUAUUAUUAUCUUUGUUGAGUAGGUGAUUUAGUAACACAUUUUUGCAUUAUCAUAAAUCUUUCUUAUCUAUAUAAAAUUACAUUUAGAUACAUACACUCAUGUAUGGAACAACCACACUAUUCAUAUAUUAAUUUCAUUUCAUAUUUCACACCACAUCAGAAAAUAUCACAGUUAAUCAUUAACACUUGUCUACCUGUCCUGAGAUUUUGAUUCUACCCUGAUUUAUUAUUGUGUGAUGUCUGAACUGUCUGUCUAUUUCAGGGUAAAAGAGGCACUGUGCUAUUUGUAUAACAUUCCUUGCAUAUUUUUUAUGCUGUAACAUUAAUAUGUUGUUUUAGGACCAUGUAGUAGGCAAAGAAAAAAAAUUAUUGAGAUAGUGGUUAUGAAUACCUUCUGUGAAGGGUGUCUUUGGCCCGUUGAAAGGGAAGCAUUAUUAGGUGAUAGUUUCUUAGUGGAGAGACCUGAUGUGUAAUAGGAAUAAAAGUCAUCAUUAAUUUGAGGGAAUUGAUAGAACAUGGCUAGUACAAUAUCAUCUGUUUUAUAUGAUCUCUCUGCAGCAUAUUAAAAUGAGAAAGAAUUAACAUUUUAGAAUAGAAAACAAAAGUAGAAACACUUGUAGAGUGUCACUGAUUUUAUGCUUCAUUUGUUGGAUUUACUUCCAGAUGCUGAUAUUGCUGACAUGUAUGAUGCUUUUAAAUAAUUAAUCUGUGAUUUCUAUUAUAUAAGUUUUCAGCUUGGAAAUAAUAUUGAUCUUCAGCACAGAUAUUUUAAGCAGUGUAUACAAGGCUGGCAAAAUAUAAUUGGAUACCAGUAAGUUGCCAUAUACACUAGAGUUAUAUAAUCAUUGGAAUUUUAUCGCAAAUUUUUAUCUACAAUACUUUGUUUAGUUCUUAGCCAAAUUUUCAUACUUUUAGUCAGUAACCAGUCAGAAUAGAUGGCUGUAAGGGCAGUGAAUGUUUCUGUGAUCAUAAUUUUUCAGAUGUAGCCAGUCCUUCACUUACAAGUGCUUUUAAAAGUGUUGUAAAUUCUCCUGUGUGAUCUACUGAUUUUGUUUCAGAGAUGGGAGUAUGUGUAUGUGUGUCUGUGAGUAUAUUUGUUAUGCAUGUGUGCAUGCAAGUGUCAGUGUAUAGGGAUAGGGGGAUAUUCAUGUGUGCAUGAUCAGAAUUCAGUUGACCGGAGAAUUCCAUGUCAGAUGCAUUAUUUGCAUUGCAUAUCUUUUCAUAUUUGCAUUUGCAGAAAAAAACACCACAUGUAAAGGAAGGUUAUUUUCCACUUCACAUCCUGUUCUUGACUUGAAGUUUGGUCUCAUAAGGGUAUGUCUUUUCUCUGUUUUACUGCAGAUUAUACAGGCUUUUGUCAUUAUUAGUAUUUGUUUCCUUCAUCAAGGUAUUCACUCCAUAGAAUUAUUAUUUUUUUUUUUUUUCCUUCUUAUAUUUGCAUAUUUAUUAAGUGUGAUGAUAGCAAAAUAGAUAAACCUUAUUGUGAUUUGGCACAGCUGCAAUGACCAUAGGAUUCUUCUUUCAGUACAAUUUUCUAUAACUUAUUGGUCAUAAGUUUAACUUGUUUCCUUCUCCUACAGUUUUCUUAUAUUUUAAAUGUACAGAGUAUGCCUGUAGCUUACUAUAUAAUUUACUAUAAGUCUUCUAUGAAAAUUAAAAGCUUGAUUAUAAGAAUGAUCAUAGCACUUUUAUUCAGCAUACAUAAAGAAACUUACCUGUUUGUCUGUGUUCUUCAGCUACAAAUAUAGGAAGUGAUAGUUACCAGCAAUAGAUUAUAAAUACCUUCAUUGUGCUGUAUGAACAUUAAAGGAAACAGAGAAUGGACUUUAAAAAUAUGUAUGAUCAUGUGGUAAUUUUAUUUUAAAUUAUGGGAUUUUUGCUAUUUAGCAGAUUUAAAAACAGUUAGCAUUAUAGAAAUCCCAACACUUAUUACAGAUUAGUUUGUUUACACCAUUGUGUAUGUUGUAGGCAUUGAUUUAUGCGAAGCCUAUUGAAGUUGAGCUGUUUAUUCAUCUUUUUGAAGUAUGGGAAGGUUUAAAUCUGAUAUGGUUUGUAAUUAAUUUUAAGAUAUAUAAAAAAGGGUACACAGUAUUUUUGUAUAUCAUUGUGCAGUUAUUGCAAGUAAAUUUUCAGCCAUGCAUACAAACCAUUGGCAGAUUAUGUGGUCCUAUACAGGUACCCCCAAAAUGGCUAUAUAGUUGUUUUUGGUAAAGGGAUUGAUUGUUUAUAAUCCAUCUAUUUAAUGUAAUUUACUUUUUCAGUAAUGUAUCCAAGUUUAUAAUUUAUUUUGGUUUGUUGCCAUUUCUGGGAUGCCCUUUAUGGAAAAGGUUAAAGGAAUAAGAAUUCUGUAAUUUAUAUAAGGAAAAGAAAAACUAAAUAUAAUUUUGGCCAAGUAUUAGCCUUUUCAACUAUUAUUUAGUCAGAUUUUAUAAAAAAAAUGUUUACCUGUUCAAAGUUAUGAUGGUUAUAUUUGCUUUAAUGUAUGCAAUACAGAUAUAACUACAGCAAAAAAAAUAAAUGGUAAUCAUGUAAUGGGGUAAAUGUUAACAGUAGUAAUAAGGUCACCAAGCAUUUACUAGGGAUAGCAACUAGAUUUUUACCAAAAAGAAUAAUGAAUUGUUAAUAUUUCAAGUAAUUUGUAGUAUAUUUUGUAUGUAUUGUAUAUCCAUCAUAUGUUUAAAAUGGACUUCAUUCAUGAGUACUUGUAACCAAUUAAAAGUCUUUAUGUCCUUUAUAACAUUCAUAGGAAGUUGGUGAGAGGCCAGACAUAUGCAUUUGAGUGUGUUGUAUGGUUGACUUUUGUUUUUGCAUUUAUGGAUUUUUCAGACUUAAUUAUAUGUAAUCCACCCUGAGUAUUUUAUGAAAUUAAGAAUUCAUAGAGUGAUAACAUGUAUACAGAUGUAAUGUGUUGUAAACAGUUUUAAAUACCAUCAUUACUCCACUUCUAAAUUUAUUUGCCAAAAAGCACCAGUCACUACAACUAUUUGGAACACCACUCCAAAACUACUAGGGGUAGCUCAGACAGUACCUGUUAAAAAAAUAGUACAAAUAGAUUCAAAGUUCCACAGGGCGACGCAUUAGUACUGUUGGUACUCUAUUUGCAGCUCUUACAGCUUUGUUUGGUCAUUAUGUUUUGGUAUCAGUACUGCUAGAGACUCCACAAUUAGUUUAGGAGCAGUUUUCCUUGUGAUUGCAAUAAUUGGUACUUUCACAUAUAUAAAUUUUGAAGUGGAUGAUAAUUUAGCGCUAAGUACCAGAGGUACUUACCAACUCUGCUUGUAAUUGGAAUGCAUUAUAAUCUUAGUUUAUAGCCAUGAUAAGUCAUUGUUAUGAAUCUUCUGAUAUUAGGCCCGCCUGCAUUAUUUUCCUUUUCCACUUGUAAAUUUAUUUACCAAAAAACACUAGCUACCACGGCCAUUAGAAAGAGCCCCAAAACUAAUAAGGGCAGCUAAGGCAGUACCUGUUAAAAAAUAGUACAAAUAGAUUCAAAGUUUUACUGGGUACAGUUCUUUUUUGGUAUUCUAUUAGCCUUAUUUUGCCAUAAUGUUUUGGGAUCAGUACUGCUAGAGACACCAUUAUUAGUUUAGGGGCAGUUUUCCUAAUAAUAUGUAAAUUUAGAAGUGGAUGGUCCCAAAGUACCAUUGGUACUUCCUUAGUCUGCCUGUAAAGGGAAUGCACUAUAAUGUCAUGAUAUCUCAUUAUUAUUAUUAUUGUUUGGUCCUCUCCCUUCCAAAGAAUUUCCUGAAAAGGAUGGAAUUCCUUGUUGAUAUUACUUCUGAUCUAAAGUACUGUAUAAUUGGAGAUAGUAAUUUUCUUCUCUUAUUUAUUUUGUGAAGUACAGCAUUUCGUCAUUUUCUUUUUCUUUAUUCAUGUGAUCUUCUUGAAUGUAAUUAUUGUUUUCUGAUUUACUUUUAUGAAAGAUAUUUUUAUUAGGAAUUGUACUCUGAUUGAUUUAGUUACAACAAGAAAUCCAGUAAUCCUCAAAAUGUUGGGUCUUUUUGGCCAUGAGGAAUUUUGUUGCCAUGUUUUACCACUACUCCAAGUUUUCUUUUUAUUGUGUCACCUCUUAAAACCUUCCCCCAUCAUAGUGGUUUCACAUAAGAAAAUUAAAUCUUUAUGAAUUAUGUACUUGGAGGAUUUACUUGAUAUUAUGGAAUUUGCCAUUCCCAAUUUCUGCUUCAUGGUUUAUACAGACUUAAUCCUGUGUGUGAUAUUCAAGUUUCAUCAUACUUUUUUCUAUAUUUGUAUGCAUUAUCUUUUAUAAAACAAUAAUCAUACGAAACUAGGAUAACCCCAA